AUUGCGACACGACAACUGUCAUUGCCCGGGUGCGCUCUAGCAAACAAAAAAAGAAGUUCUUCAAUUUUUUCUUGAUCUAAAUUUUGGAUAAUAUUUCAAUAAACUUUACUUAAAAAAGAAUUAAUUAAAUAAUUCUGUUUCAAUUAAUUAAACAACUGUUUCAAAAGAACAUUAGCACUUGUUUUUUUUUAAUCAGUGCUUUGAAUUUCGGCUAAAAAAAAAGACUUUCGGUGAAAGUAAUGAGCUCUUGUACAGUGCCAGCACCCUUUCCUGACGAUGACGGCGACGAAAGGUGGAUCAGCAUUCAUAAACGAUUUUUGUCUGAGUGCCGGGAAAAGGAUCCAGACGUGAUAUUCCUGGGCGAUUGUAUACUCGAAACACUCCAGGAUACUGAAACCUGGAAUCAAUACUUUGCUCCGAUGCACUGCCUCAACUUCAGCAUCCGAAAUGACCGCACGGAAAACGUUCUUUGGCGAGUUGAAAAUGGGGAAUUGGAUAAUGUUAGACCAAAGAUUGUUGUUUUGCAUGUCGGCACAAAUAACAUAGAGAAUACACCCGAGGAGAUAUCUGAUGGCGUGUGCGAAAUAGUAAAUCAAAUUCGAAAAAAACUUCCCGAAACUUAUAUAGUUUUACCGACAAUUCUCCCACGUGGUCAACUUCCAAAUAGACUGCGUGAUAAAAACGCUGAAGUAAAUCGUCUUAUAAAAGAAAAAUGCAUAGGGCUUAAUCGAGUACAAACAGUAUCUAUAGACAAAGGUCUAAUACAAUCUGAUGGUACAAUUAGCCAUCAUGAUAUGUUCGACUAUAAGAACUUAACAAACACCGGUUCGAAAAAAGUUUUCGAACCUGUCUAUGACUUAUUGUCACAAAUACUCAAUGAAAACGAACCAGAAAAAGACCUUACACCAUCGGAAUAAAAUUUAAGUCAUAAUAUUUAUAUUUUUGAUUGAAUAUUUUCUAUACACCAAAACUAAUUAAAAAUAAUUAAGUAAACAAAAAAACACAUUCAUUGAGCUGCCUUAAACCAAAAAGAUAAAAAAAAAUAAAUUAAUAAAGCUUUUAAGGAGCAUUUUUUUUAUAAGUAUAUUAAAUUAUUAUUAUGUUAAAAUAAAAUCAUUCCAAUUUCGCACUCAGUAGCUUUGGCUUCAACAUCAAAUCAUGUCUCGUUUAAGUUUAAAAUGAGUUUUGAUGUUAAAAUGCAGGUACUUCACGAGUAGUAUUUAUUUAUUGUUGAUGUUAGUAUUAUUUAUUUAAAAAAAAACCUUAUAUGAUAAUUUAUUCAAACUCAUUUUGAACAUACAUACGUUUUUUAACUAUCGAAACUUUAAUUCGUAUAAAUAAGAAAACGUAAGAUUGGCUUCUUUUGUAAUUCAACCAAUUGCAAAGAUAAGUAAAAAGUUAAGAAAAGGCUAAUCCCUGUUUUUUGUCGUUUUAAUUCAUGCGACAGGUGAUCUCUGCUCUCAAAUUAAGAAAUAAAAUAUACAAAAACACAAAUGGAUGUUAUAAUUGCGUUUCAAAUUAUGAAAAGUUCACACUCGUACAAGUUUAUUUUUAUUAUUUGCGAAUAUUUUGUAAAAAAAAAUUAAAUGGAAAAUAAAGUGUUUGAAAAUAUGCAGUAA